AUGGAAAACGGAACGUUCAGAUACCAAAUUCUCCGGGUCGAAGGAUUGCGGCUCACACGUUACUCCGCUUACCCGGUCUUUGUUCUUCUUCUCUUAAUCUACGUCUUCAUUAUGGUCUCGAACGUCGGCAUUGUCUCGAUGAUCGCGAUGGAGAAAGCUCUUCACAAACCGAUGUACUUUCUUUUCUCUAACCUCCCUGUAAGCGAUGCGCUCAAUGCUUCCGUUGUACUUCCUGGUUUACUCAAAGACAUCAUGACCGAAUCGGACCGGUACAUCGGCUACGUUGCUUGUGUGAUCCAAGCCUUUGGGGUUCACUCGUUGAGCACGAGCGCACACACGAUAUUAAUAGUCAUGGCAUAUGACAGGUACGUGGCCAUAUGUGACCCGUUACAAUACCACACCAUAAUGACCAACCAGAUGGUCGUAAAGCUCUCUGUAAUCGCCUGGUUCAGUGCUACGCUGCCUGUAAUUGUGAUCCUGGGCCUCACCGUAAAGCUCUCGCAUUGCACUUCAAAGAUAGUCAAUCCAUACUGCGACAAUCCUUCGCUGUUCAAACUUUCCUGCGAGGAUCUGUCUUUGAAUCAGAUUGUCGGCUUAUUUAUGUCCGCCGUGUUUUUGAUCAUCUCCUUAUCGUUCAUUGGCGUGACUUAUCUGAAAAUUGCGCUCGUCUGUCUGAAAAACCGAAACAGCACCCUGAAGAGCAAGGCUGUGAAAACGUGCAGCACCCAUCUGAUCGUGUAUCUGGUUCACUUCGGAUGCAGCUGUACGGUCAUUAUUUUGCACCGCUUCUCUUCUCAUGAGGAACUUCGGAAUUUGGCUAGCAUCUUGAUUUACGUCAUUCCUCCAAGCCUCAACCCAGUCGUCUACGGCCUUCAAACCAAAGAAAUCAGACGGUGGCUCGAGCAGAUGUUCCUCAGAAGAAAAGCGAUUCCAGGAUGA